AUGCCGAGUGUGAACCCCGAUUCAUCUGACAAAGACUCCGAGGUAUUCGCAGAAACUGAUCCAACUGGUCGAUACGGUAGAUACACUGAGCUAUUAGGCUGCGGUGCGGUGAAGAAAGUGUACCGAGGAUUUGAUCAAGAAGAAGGAAUUGAGGUAGCAUGGAAUCAAGUGAAGCUAAGGAACUUCUGUGAUGAGCCUGCUAUGGUAAAGAGGCUUUAUGCUGAAGUGAGGUUAUUGGAAAACUUAACAAACGAAAACAUCAUUGAACUUUACAGUGUUUGGACCGAUGAUGAACACGGCACACUGAAUUUUAUUACUGAGGUUUGUACUAGUGGGAAUUUGAGAGAGUACAGGAAGAAACAUAGGCAUGUUUCGAUGAAGGCGUUGAAGAAAUGGUCGAGGCAGAUUUUGAAAGGGUUGAAUUAUUUGCACACUCAUGAGCCUUGCAUCAUUCAUAGAGAUCUCAAUUGCAGUAACGUGUUUGUUAAUGGGAAUGUUGGACAGGUUAAGAUUGGUGACUUGGGUUUGGCCGCAAUUGUUGGGAAAAAUCACAUUGCGCACACAAUUCUCGGCACACCAGAGUUUAUGGCACCAGAACUAUAUGAUGAAGACUACACAGAACUGGUGGAUAUAUACUCAUUUGGCAUGUGUUUGUUAGAAAUGGUGACAUUGGAGAUUCCUUACAGCGAAUGCGACAAUGUUGCCAAGAUUUACAAGAAAGUGUCUUCUGGUAUUAGACCUGCUGCCUUAAACAAGGUCAAAGAUUCUGAGGUGAAGGACUUCAUUGAAAAGUGUCUUGCUCAACCAAGGGUUAGGCCUUCUGCUGAUGAGCUUCUCAAAGAUCCUUUCUUUGACGAACUUGUUGACGAUGACGAUGACGAAAAUGCUGAUUCAUACUAA